CCCCUUACACGACGCCUCGGAGCGUCUCGCAUCUGCCCCCCCCCCCCCCCCCGGGAAAGCGCCCUGCCGCCCGCUGCCCUCGACACUGCGAGGCUCGUCAGCAACUCGACCAUUUCGGGCAAGAUGGCGCACAGACGAUUAGCCGGGCAGCUGUUGUGCGUUCUGCUUGUCCUCUCGAUCAUCGCUCUCGAUUGCGCGUCAUUAGUCUCGGCCGCAAAGAAGCGGCCUCGGUCGAGCUCGAGCUCUGGCGGUGCCUCACCUGGCAGCGCUCGCUCCUCCUCCUCAGCCAACCCAGAUUCUGGCGUUCCUCCGGCUUUCCUUCAGCAAGCCUCCACCUCUCCCCACGGCAUCAUCGAUCUCCCCAAUCCUCAAUCUUUUGUUCAGAUCACCUCUGGCGCUAGAAACUACUCUAGUGUGGUCCUGCUCACCGCUGUCAAGAGCGGUGUCUCUUGUCAACCUUGCAACACUUUUGCGCCUGUUUAUGAGACCCUUGCGAAGGGCUGGAAGAGCAAGAGCAGAGGUAGCUCAAAGGCAGACGUCAUCUUCUCGCUCUUGGAGUUCAAGGAUGGUCAAGAUGUCUUCAGACAGCUUCAACUCAGCUAUGCGCCAGUCCUGCUGUUCUUCCCUCCAACUUCGGGUCCCAAAGCGCGCGGAUCUGGACAGCCCAUCAAGUACGAUUUCAACCGCCUAGGCUUCGAAGGUCCAGAAGUGGCUUCCUUUCUCAGCGAUAAUCUAGGUUUCGCAUUUCCCUACGUCAAGCCAUUUCCUUGGACCACCGUCCUUUCCUUCUUCGGUAGCGCGGGUGCGAUUGUGGCCUCUAUCAUUCUGCUGGCUCCAAAGAUCGCUCAGGCUAGGGGACAAGGUGUGGCGUCUAUUGCCAGUGCAGGCAGCAAAUUGAUUUGGACUGCACUCUGCUUAGCGACCAUCGUCGUCAUGACCUCGGGCUACAUGUGGAACAGUAUCAGAGGAGCGCCCUACCUCAUGAUGGGACCCAAAGGCAAGCCCGAGUAUUUCGCUGCUGGCUUCCAAAAUCAGUACGGCGCAGAAACGACGAUUGUUGGCGCAUUCUAUGCGCUUCUUGCAUUCUCCUUUGUCAGCUUGACCGUGUUUGUGCCGGCUCAGAGAGAUCCAGUCAGACAGCGCGCAGGCGUGUACGUCUGGAGCGUCAUCUUCCUCGCUACCUUCAGCCUGCUCUUUGCAGUGUUCAGAAUCAAAAAUCCUUCGUAUCCCUUCCGACUCUUCUUUUGAGCGUACAAAAGCAAUGACGAAAGGACAAGAUGUGCACCCGAUCGACGGAAAUUCCUGUGAGGCUAGAGCGUGCGCGCAAGAUGAGCCCCUGCGGAGGGU